CCGGCGUGGAGGGUGACGGCGAUCAGCCCGCGCGCGCCGCCAGGAAAUAACACGCCCGCGGAGGCGGCCUGCGGGACCGAAAGUUGCCGGGCGGCGGAAGGGAAAAGGCAGAGCCCUGCGCGGCCGGGGAAGUGCUGAGCCUUCUCCCCACGCCUGAGAAAAGCGAACGGACGAAGAAGCGUUUCCUUUCUCGGGAAACCCCGAGCGGGCCGGUCCCCGCCUGGCAGGGAGGCGCGGCCGGGCACGGGGGAGAGUCGCGGGGCCUCGCACGGGAAAGUUGGGCACUUUGCCCCGGCCACCCCCGCGGCAGCCCGGAGCGGGCCGGCGCUUGCUCCCGCUCCCGGCCCGGCUCCGCCGUGACCGGUGCGGGCGCGACCGCCCACUGGCGCGUUGUUGCGGUGCCCGCGCGGCUCCGCUGCCGACUCCUCCGCCUCUUCCGCUCGGGAUCGCCGCGGCCGGGAGGGAGACGGCCGCCGCCGCCGCGAUGGCUCGCGCGCUCAGCCGGGACCCCGUGGACAUCGAGAACAUUUUGACUUUAAAUCCCUGUAUGCAAGCUCAUGCAACUCUACAUUCAACAGCUGCAAAGAAACAAAGCAAGAAGCACUGGAAAAGGAAUUCUGAUAAGAGUUGUUCAAACACUGAGAAACUAGAAAAUAAUUUUGAUGACAUCAAGCACACAACUCUUAGUGAGCGAGGAGCACUUCGAGAAGCAGUGAGAUGCUUAAAGUGUGCGGAUGCCCCCUGUCAGAAGAGCUGCCCAACUAAUUUGGACAUCAAGUCAUUUAUCACCAGCAUUGCAAACAAGAACUAUUAUGGAGCUGCCAAAAUGAUUUUUUCUGACAAUCCACUUGGCCUGACAUGUGGAAUGGUAUGUCCAACUUCAGAUCUUUGCGUAGGUGGUUGCAAUCUGUAUGCCACAGAGGAGGGACCAAUUAAUAUUGGUGGACUGCAGCAGUUUGCUACUGAGGUGUUCAAAGCUAUGAACAUUCCUCAGAUUAGAAAUCCUUCUCUACCUCCCCUCUUCAAAAUGCCUGAAGCCUACCAGGUGAAGGUAGCUCUCAUUGGUGCGGGGCCUGCAAGUAUAAGCUGUGCUUCAUAUCUGGCUCGAUUAGGCUACUCUGACAUCACCAUAUUUGAAAAGCAGGAAUACGUUGGUGGCUUAAGUACAUCUGAAAUCCCCCAGUUCCGACUGCCAUAUGAUGUAGUGAAUUUCGAAGUUGAGCUUAUGAAGGACCUUGGAGUGAAGAUAAUUUGUGGAAAAGGCCUUGCAGUAGAUGGAAUGACACUCAACACAUUGAAGGAAGAUGGUUACAAGGCAGUCUUUAUUGGAAUGGGUUUACCGGAACCAAACAAAGACCAUAUAUUUGAAGGAUUGAGAACAGAUCAAGGCUUCUACACAUCUAAAGAUUUUCUACCACUGAUAGCAAUGGCAAGCAAACCAGGAAUGUGUGCCUGUCGCUCUCCAUUGCCAUCAAUACAUGGAACCGUGAUUGUACUUGGAGCAGGAGACACUGCUUUUGACUGUGCAACAUCUGCUUUACGCUGUGGAGCUCGCUGCGUGUAUGUGGUCUUCAGAAAGGGAUUCACUAAUAUCAGGGCUGUCCCAGAGGAGAUGGAACUGGCAAAAGAAGAAAAGUGUGAAUUUCUGCCUUUCCUCUCCCCUUGGAAGGUUGUGGUGAAAGGUGGACGAAUUGUUGCCAUGGAGUUUGUUCGAACUGAGCAAGAUAAAGAUGGAAACUGGAAAGAAGAUGAGGAUCAAAUUGUCCGACUGAAAGCAGAUAUAGUUAUCAGUGCCUUUGGUUCAAUUUUAAGUGACUGUAAAGUGAAAGAAGCCCUGAGUCCUAUCAAGUUUAAUAGAUGGGGCCUCCCAGAAGUAGAUCCAGAGACCAUGCAAACAAGUGAACCAUGGGUGUUUGCAGGGGGUGAUAUUGGUGGUCUAGCUAACACUACAGUAGAAUCAGUGAAUGAUGGAAAACAAGCCUCCUGGUUCAUGCACAGAUACAUACAGAACUUAUAUGGAUCUGCAGUUUCCGCUACCCCAGUACUACCUCUCUUUUAUACGCCUAUUGAUUUAGUAGACAUCAGUGUUGAAAUGGCUGGAUUGAAGUUUCCAAAUCCAUUUGGUAUUGCCAGUGCAACUCCAGCUACUAGUUCCCCAAUGAUUCGAAGAGCUUUUGAGGCAGGAUGGGGUUUUGCUGUCACCAAAACAUUCUCUCUGGACAAGGACAUUGUUACCAAUGUUUCUCCAAGGAUUAUACGUGGAAUUACUUCAGGCCCUCUGUAUGGCCCUGGUCAAGGCUCUUUCCUAAACAUUGAGCUUAUCAGUGAGAAAACAGCAGCAUAUUGGUGUAGAAGUAUCAGUGAACUGAAAGCUGACUUUCCUGACCGUAUUGUAAUCGCUAGUAUCAUGUGCAGUUAUAACAAAGAUGAUUGGACUGAACUUUCAAAAAUGGCUGAGGAUUCUGGUGCAGAUGCCCUGGAGUUAAAUUUGUCAUGUCCUCAUGGCAUGGGGGAGAGAGGCAUGGGCCUGGCCUGUGGGCAGGAUCCAGAGCUAGUGCGUAACAUCUGUCGCUGGGUUAGGCAAGCUGUUCAGAUUCCUUUCUUUGCCAAGCUGACCCCAAAUGUCACCGAUAUUGUGAAAAUUGCCCUGGCUGCACAAGAAGGUGAUGCAGAUGGUGUUACAGCCACCAAUACUGUGUCAGGACUGAUGGGACUGAAAGCAGACUGCACACCUUGGCCUGCAGUUGGUGGAGGAAGGAAGACCACAUAUGGUGGUGUGUCUGGAAAUGCUAUUAGGCCCAUAGCCCUGCGAGCAGUUUCUGCUAUAGCUUGUGCUCUUCCAGGAUUUCCCAUCUUAGCCACAGGAGGAAUUGAUUCUGCUGAGAGUGGGCUGCAGUUUCUCCACAGUGGUGCUUCUGUUCUACAGGUGUGCAGUGCAAUUCAGAAUCAAGAUUUCACUGUAAUUGAAGACUACUGCACAGGAUUGAGAGCCCUACUUUAUCUGAAAAGUAUUGAGGAACUUGAAGAUUGGGAUGGACAGAGCCCUACAACCAUGUGCCACCAGAAAGGAAAACCAGUACCCCAAAUUGCUGAUCUGAUGGGAAAGAAACUGCCCAGUUUUGGACCAUACCUGGAACAGCGCAAAAAGAUAAUAGCAGAGAACAAGAUUAAACUGAAGCAACAGAACGUGACUGUUUUACUGCCUAAGAAAAAGCAUUUUGUUCCCAAGAAACCCAUUCCAUCAGUCAAGGAUGUAAUUGGAAAAGCACUGCAGUAUAUUGGAACAUAUGGCAAGCUUAGCAACACAGAGCAAGUUGUGGCUCUGAUUGACGAGGAAAUGUGUAUCAACUGUGGCAAAUGCUACAUGACCUGUAAUGAUUCUGGCUACCAGGCUAUAAAGUUUGAUCCGGAAACCCACCUGCCCACUAUUACUGACAGUUGUACAGGCUGCACUCUGUGUCUCAGUGUCUGCCCUAUUAUUGACUGCAUCCGAAUGGUUUCCAGGACAACACCUUAUGAACCAAAGAGAGGCCUGCCCUUAGCUGUGAACCCAGUGUGUUGAGGUGAUCAGUCCAACAGUUAAUGUGAACUUUAUGUUUGCUUCAUGCUAUUGAUUUGCUUUCUAAUUAGUAGUUGAAAAUCUAACUAUAUCAAAUAUAUAUAAUGUUGAUAGUCAUUAUAAAGAUGUCUGUGUUUUCCAAGGAUUCUUGGAAAAUUUUUUUACACAGUGGUUAGUUUGGAAAGGCAGUGGUUAUUUUGUCAAUUAUGAGCUGUCAGUUGUCCAUUACAAGAUGUAUGACCUUUUCUUUUACAAUUGAUGCCACAGUUUCCAAAUUCCUAUAUUGUGUUUAAUCUUUAUGUAAUUUCUAGUUGCAAAACAAUUAACUGAGCCUUUUGAACUACAAUGCAAUGUACAAGCAAACAGUUUCCAAGGAAGCAUUUUGUAAUUAAACAUUACAUUUAGUUUUAAAACAGUUUCUUAGACAAUGCAAUUAACUAUAUAACAUGAAAACAAAGCAAUGUGGCCGCUACUUUUCUAUGGGAAAAAAAGGAAAAGAGGUUGUAAAAUGGGAUUUCAAACCCAGAUUAAUCACCUUCAACUGCUACAACGUAUGGUAUUAUAUUUUCUUAAUCCUUCCUUAUUCUGCCUCAUGCUAGUCACUUAAAAAAAAAAAAUUGCUAACCAUUGACAUAUACUGCACUCUUCACCAUUUGUGCCUUGCAUGGGUGUCUUGAGUAUUAUAUUUUCCCUAAUGAACAAUCCCAGCACCUUUCGGAAAAUGUUUAAACUGUGUUAUUACAAAAUCCAGGUGUUACUUCAGGGGUCUGAUUUAUAGCAACUUUUCUUCUGCAUCUAUACCCUAAAUAACUUUUUAAUUACAUCAAUUGAUGUUUAAUUACAUUCAUACACAUUAUAGGUUAGAGAUUUAAUUACUCAAAAAUUGAAUGUAUACUAGCAUAACAUAUUUGCCAUACUGAUAUGGCAGAUGUAUUAGCUUAUUUCUUUCCCACCAAUUUUUUAUUCUGAGUGCUUAUGCUUGUUUACAGUAAUAUUACAGCCAAAAGAAAUACGAAAUUGCUAAACAGAAUCUGACACCAUUACGUUAUUUUUCAUUCUCAGUGGGAGCUUUCUCAUACAAAUCCAUUGCUAUAUGAUUUACUCUAUGUAUGAAUGUUAAGUCAUUAGUUUGAUAACAAUAAAAGAUGUGUAAGUUCCGUUCCUUAUGUCUUAUGCUAUGAUCACUAAAAUGUAAUACUUUUGAUUAAACAUACUUAAUUUCCAUGCUCCCAUUUAUAUGUACAUGUCUAAUUAUAAAUAAAUAGAAUUAAGUAG